AUGCCACCAUUUGUGCCAAACAAGCGACGGCACUCACCAUCCAAUGCUCCUGCCGCAGGCGGCUCUACUCCUAAGCCCAGUCGACCAAGGCCAACGCUGUUUGACACCCUAGACGCGGGACGUGGGAGAACAAGAACUGUAGAGGACAACAAAGCUUACCUCGACAGCCUGCAAGAUGAGAGCGACUCGUCCUCUCUGAGCGAAGUCAGCAGCGCGGAAUUUGACGAUGCCCAAGACGGGACACACUCCGCAAAGCGUCGCAAGCUUGAUGGAGCAGGCGCCGGCGAAAGUGACGGUAGUGAUGAGGAUAUGGAUUGGGAAGAUGCCAUGGCGGUGGACCAACCUACUCCGCAAACUUCUGCCAUUGAACCCUCUGGAGACCUCGAGCUUACACUUGAUAAGGACAACAGACCGGUUGAGUCAUUCACAGACACAAGACAGAAAAAAGGCCCCAGCAAGAUUGAACGACAGAUACGAAUACGCACUCACUGCAUGCAUGUGCAACUCCUGCUGUUUCACAAUCUAGCUAGAAAUGCUUGGAUGUGCGACGAAGAAGUGCAAAAUACUUUAGUCGGGCAGUUGCCUCCAAGUAUCGUGGAGGCGCACCAAAAAUGGAGACUAGCAUCUGGAUUACCGGUACAAGAGCCUCAGCGGAAGACUGCGAAACGUUCGACAGGGAAGAAAGCCGCGGCAGGGGAGAGGUCUAAGGGACAAAGCCAAAGGGAUUGGGGCGAUGGUGCGAAGAGGCUAGAGAAAGGGGUUCCUGAUACGAGUCAUGGCGAUCCGCUUAUCCGAUUUAUGAGGGUCUUGUGUGCGUUUUGGAAGAAGCGCUUCAAGGUUGUCACUCCUGGACUUCGAAAGCAAGGUUACAAGCCUCUUGCUGUGGUUGAGUCAGAGCUUGCGUCGUUCAAGAAUGAACCUCAUAAUCUAGAAAUCCAUGGCGAGAGAAUCAUGGGCAUCAAAGAGUUUCGAGAAAGAGCAAAAUUCUGUGAAGGAAGUCGAGACCUUGGCGCUCAGCUCUUUACCGCACUAUUGCGAGGCUUAGGACUUGAUGCAAGGCUUGUGUCGAGCUUGCAACCAAUCGGAUUCGGGUGGUCGAAAGGAGAAAUGGCGAGCUCGAAAAGCGGCCAGAGAUCCUCCCGAGCAUCAUCAAAGAUGACUGACCGGCCGUCGGACACGUUUGAAGACGAAAGUGCAUCAGAUGGAGACUCUCAUCUCGAAGAUUACAAUGUACCUGUAAACACAGCCCAGCUGUCCCAGAAAUCCACCCUAGUGGGUCGAAAGAGAAUUUUGCGAGGCACCCAGGACGCCCCAAUAUCUCUGUCAGAGAACUCGAGUGACCUCUCUAGUCCGCCGAGUGAUAUUGACUCAGAGAUCGAUCAAGUAACAUCUACACCGCAGAGACCAAUUGGAAGAUCAGUGGAUAAAGACCUGCAGUUCCCAAUCUAUUGGACCGAAGUAUACUCUCCGGUAACCACUCGGUUUCUCGCGGUUGACCCCCUCGUUAUCUCAACAAUUGCAUCUACACCUGAUUUAUUCGCCUCCUUCGAACCUCGAGGUGCAAGAGCAGAAAAGGCUAAGCAGGUCCUGGCGUACGUUGUGGCCUUUUCGGCUGACGGUACUGCCAAGGAUGUGACAGUACGGUAUCUCAAACGUCGACAGUGGCCUGGGAAAACAAAGGGAGUAAGACUGCCUGUGGAAAAAGUUCCUGUUUAUAACGCAAGCGGCAAGAUUAAGAGGCACGAAGAGCGCGACUGGUUUAAAACGGUUAUGCGCCUCUAUGCCAAAGAUGCCAAGGACCGGACUGCUGUGGAUGACCUGGAGGAAGAAAACGAACUCAAACCCGCCAAUAUCCAUAAGGCGAAUAAGCCUGCGGGCGAAGAGACAUUACAAGGAUACAAAAAUUCUGCGGAAUUUGUGCUGGAGAGGCAUUUGCGAAGGGAAGAAGCAUUGUUACCUCGAGCGCGUCACGUGAAGACAUUUACGACUGGGAAAGGCGAGAAGUCAAAAGAGGAAAAAGUAUUUCGGAGAAAGGAUGUUGUCACCUGCAAGACCAGUGAAAGCUGGCAUAAAGAGGGUCGACGAGUAAAACCCGGGGAGCAUCCUUUAAAGCUUGUUCCAAUGCGUGCGGUCACUUUGAUUCGCAAACGCGAAAUCGAGGAGGCCGAGCGCGGUGGCGGAGAGAAAAUGAAGCAAGGUUUGUAUUCUCGAAACCAAACGGAAUGGAUUAUUCCGCCGCCCAUUGAAAAUGGGAUCAUUCCCAAGAAUGCAUUUGGAAAUAUGGACUGCUAUGUUCCGUCAAUGGUCCCCAAAGGAGCUGUCCAUAUUCCACUUAGAGGCACUGCGAGAGUAUGCAGAAAUUUGGGUAUUGAUUUCGCUGAAGCUGUCACUGGAUUCGAGUUUGGAAACCAACGUGCAGUUCCUGUGAUCACAGGAGUAGUUGUUGCGGCCGAGAACGAAGAUAUGGUUAUUGAUGCUUGGGAAAUUGCUGAAGCUGAGAAAAAGCGGAAAGAAGAUGACAAGAGGGCCAAGCUGACACUGUCAUUGUGGAGAAAACUUCUCAUGGGAUUGCGGAUUUUCGCCAGGGUUCGGGAUGAGUAUGGCGGUGAUGAUGCUCAUGUCAAGGAUGAGCUCAAUCCUUUUACGAACCGGAACAAGUCCAAAACCAAAGGUACUAUAGAUGACACAACUCACCAAGCUCCUGUAACAAGGGAGCCCGAGCCUGGCGCAGAUGAAUUUGCCGGUGCAGGUGGCUUCUUACUACACGACGAAACUGGAAACGAAAUUCAUGGUGGCGGCGGUUUUUUGAUUGAAGGUGAUGAGGAAGACCCGAAAAAAUUCUCCACGGUUGCUGAAGAUUCUACUUUCCGAGCACCCAUAUCUCUACAAGAUACUUAUCAGCUGGCAGAUGGCGAGGAGUGUGAAUACGCAAGCAGCGAUCAUGAGAGUGCCAAAUAUGCUUCAAUAUCUGAGAAGGAAGUUGAAUUUGAAAGUUCCAAUGAACUAUCACCGCUACCGGAAACCCUCAAAUCUUCUAAUAGCAAGGCAGGCAAAGGAGGAAAACUCAAAAGAACUGAUCCUGGUCGAAAAUAUCUUGAAUCUCAAUCAUCUUCGUUCAGCGGCCCUUCGCAUUCUGAAACCCCAAAGAGAACAAGGGCCAUGCCGACCCGAAAGGCAGCGGAGAGGAGCCAAAGAGCGGUACGCAGCCACUACUUCGAGGGACAAGAGGCGGAUGAAGAAGAGGAUGACGAGGUAGAAUUGGAAGUAUAUGACGAGCCCAAGACUUCUACACGACGGCAAACCUUGCGGAGAUCCUCUAGAAAAGGGAGAUGA